AUGCGCGGAAGUUAUCAUCCAGGGCAUGGUCAUCGAGAAGGUGGAAGAGCACAUGAGCGACGGGGAUUCAGGAAGCCGGAAAAUUUCGCCGAGCAGCCGCGAACGGGGCCGCUGGUUUUUGAGGAAAGACAACCGGAAGCGGCGACGACUUCUGGCGGAGAUUUGCAAGUUUAUAACAAUCCGUAUGCGUCUUUGAAUAUUCAACAGCAAAGGAUUCGAUUGCCGAUUUUCAAGAAUCGCGCCCAUAUUCUAUAUCUUCUCGAGAGAUAUCGAACAGUGAUUAUUGUUGGUGAGACGGGUUGCGGCAAGAGUACGCAGGUGCCACAAUUUCUGCUGGAAGCGGGCUGGGCCAGCGAUGGAAGGCAGAUUGUUGUGACGCAGCCGCGGCGAGUGGCGGUUGUGACGCUUGCGACGAGAGUUGCUGAAGAAAAAGAUUGCAUUUUGGGCCAUGAUGUUGGGUAUACUGUACGAUUUGACGAUGUUUCUGAUAAAGACACUAAAAUAAAAUUUAUAACUGAUGGGCUACUUUUGAGAGAGCUUCUCGUUGAUCCAUUACUAUCAAAAUAUAGUGUAAUAAUGAUUGAUGAAGCUCAUGAGCGUUCUUGCAAUACGGACAUACUUCUUGGCCUUUUGAGGAAAGUGAUGCAGGUUCGGAAUGAUCUUCGAAUUAUUGUUUCGUCGGCUACACUUGAUGCUGAGUUAUUCAAAGAGUUUUUCGAAAUGAAUGAAACGGAUAAUCCGGAGAAAGACACUGCUUCCAUUAUUUCGGUUGAAGGCCGAACGCAUCCGGUGGCGGUAUAUCACACGAAGACGUCGGUGCCGGAUUAUAUUCAAGCUUCGGUGGAUACGGUCAUUCAGAUUCACAAAACUGAAAUGCACGGCGAUGUGUUGGUGUUUUUGACCGGUCAGGAUGAAGUUGAAGAGGUUUGCGACCGAUUACGAGACGCUGUUGGCCGUUUGAAGAAUGUCGGCAAAUUGUGGAUUGUGCCGUGCUACGGAGCGCUUCCGGCUCGCGAGCAGAUGAAGGCGUUCGAUUCGACGCCGCACGGCACACGCAAGGUGGUCGUGGCGACGAACAUCGCCGAAGCGUCGGUGACGAUUCCCGGAAUUUGCUACGUCGUCGAUUCGGGCUACGUGAAAUUGCGCGCGUUGAACGCGAAAAACGGAAUCGAAUCGCUGAUGCGUGUGGCGAUCUCGCAAGCGUCGGCCGAACAGCGCGCGGGACGAGCUGGACGCAUUCGGCCGGGCAAAGCGUUCAGAUUGUAUCCGGAAGCUGAAUUCAAGAAGCUCAUCGAAGGAACGGUGCCGGAAAUUCAGCGAUGCCACCUGGCGCCGGUGAUUUUGCAGCUGAAAGCGCUCGGAAUUCAAAAUAUUCAUAAAUUUCACUAUCUAUCGCCGCCUCCCUCAUGGGCAGUCAUCAAUGGGCUCGAGCUGCUCUACGCAUUGGAAGCGAUUGAUGAGAAAGGUCUUCUCACGAAUCCGCUGGGUGUUCAGAUGGCCGAGUUUCCCCUACAACCGAUGCACAGCAAAUGUCUUCUGAAAUCCGGCGAAUUCGGUUGCAGCGAGGAGAUUGUCACGAUUGUCGCGAUGAUGCAGAUUCAGGAUGUUUUUGUGACGCCGUCGAGGUCGAGGCAUCAAGCGGAUGCGAUUCGUCGGAAGUUCUCCGUUGAGGAAGGAGAUCAUAUGACAAUGCUUAAUGUUUAUACAUUGUUUGUCGAGAAUGGGCGCAGCAAAAAAUGGUGCUCGGAUAAUUUUGUGAAUUAUCGCGGACUCAUGAGAGCCGACAACGUGCGAGCACAAUUAAUUCGGCUACUCAAACGAUUUGGAAUCCCGAAAGUUUCGUGCCGAGGAUUAAUUAACUGCUCGGAGAAUAUUCGAAGGUGCCUAGUUACGGGAUUCUUCUCGCAGGCCGCACAGUAUCAUUACACGGGAAAAUAUAUGACGGUCAAGGAGAAUUUCCCGUUCAAUGUGUACAAAGGAUCGUCGAUAAUGUUCAAAAAAGAUUAUCCGAAAUGGGUGAUUUUCACAGAAGUAAUGCAGGAUUCGAUUCGCGACAUCACUGUCAUCGAAUCCGAAUGGCUUUAUGAAUUGGCGCCGCAUUAUUAUGAGUUCGGCACGGUAUUGAUCGGACGAGAUCCUAACUAA